AUCAUCAUAUUCAGUGCCAUGUAAUCUUCAGAGAAGGGAAUAAAGCUAUAAUUGAAAGAACCGGCAAAAGAAAAGGCUGGGGCUGCUCUGAUUUUCACCUUGGUUUUUUAUUUUCUAUCACAGGUAGCACAGAUGGUAUCGGGAAGGCUUAUGCUGAAGAACUGGCGAAGCGUGGUGUCAACAUCAUCUUAAUCAGCCGAAACGAAGAGAAGCUGGAGGCUGUAUCUAGAAGCAUAUCUGAAACCUAUAAAGUGGAAACAGAUUUCAUAGUAGCUGACUUCAGCAAGGGGCGUGAAGUUUAUCCAGCCAUUAAGGAGGCUCUGAAAGACAGAGAAAUUGGCAUUUUGGUGAAUAAUGUAGGAAUAUUUUAUCCCUACCCAGACUAUUUUACCAACCUGUCUGAGGAUAUGCUGUGGGACAUGAUCAACGUAAAUAUUGCUUCUGCUAACAUGAUGAUGCAUAUUGUGCUGCCGGGCAUGGUAGAGAAGAAGAAAGGGGCGAUUGUGAAUGUUUCUUCUGCAUCCUGUUGUCAGCCAACACCAAUGUUGACAACCUAUGGAGCCUCUAAAACCUACUUGGACUAUUUCAGUAGAGCACUACAUUAUGAGUAUGCCUCAAAAGGAAUUUUUGUUCAGAGUUUAACCCCAUUUGUAAUUGCUACAAAAAUGGUAGCAUGCAGCAGUACUGCAUCAGAGAGAUCUUUCUUUUUUCCUUCUGCUGAAGAAUAUGCAAGUCAUGCUAUUUCUACUCUUGGGUUAUCCACAAGGACUACUGGUUACUGGAAGCAUGCAAUAAAGUUCACACUGGGUGAGCGCCUACCUGAAUGGAUCUGGGCAUGGUUUGCAAUGUAUUUUUCCAGAAUUGUACGCAAGGAAGCUUUAACCUGCAAAGUGAAAUAGGAGUAUCCAGACGUCCUGCAUAAUGAGUACUAUAUUCUGAUCAGAGUGCUGCAAAAAUGUUUAGUGAACCUUGGUGGACUUACUGUAACUUAUCCAUACCUUGCUAAACAAGCUAUGUAUAACCUAGACAUCAGAAGUCUGGAUCCUCUUUGUAUCCUUGUCUUAAAUAGCUUCUCCACUGCUUUCCUCCAUGACAAAGAGCUGUUCUUGUUCACAUUAAUCUCUCUUCAGUUUCUCUUCAAGG